UGAUUCUGUCCACAUUUGCUUGUUUUUGAAUAAUAUUCACUAUACUGUUUAUACAUUUUAGAGUAGUAAAAAACCUUUUUAGACAGAUAAACUUUGUGUGGAACAUGAAUAGAGCUCUGGAUGUCACAUGACUCGGGUUGCUCACAGCUGGAAAAGCUUCUAAAAAAUGAAUAUGGAGUAUGGAAGAGUAUGAGUAUGGAAUGUGGCCACACCUCACAUUAUUCCAGAUCUGCAGCCUUUAAAAUAAACAAUAUCUAAAUGAAUCAGUUCUGUAAUGCUGAAGUCGCAGAUUCACAGCUUCCUGGUUGGCAGUUUAGGGCAAACUUAGCUUAAAAAAAUCUUGUCUAUAACUUUUUAUGUUAGUGUGUCUUUUACAAUUAGGUUUACAUACAUGCACUUUUACGUCAGUAAGAAGCGUAUAAGGUGCAUUUCAUGAAAGUUUACCCUUGAAUGCCGACCAUGAAGCUACAAAUCUGGAUGCAAACUCCAACAUUGUGAUUAACGACAGUACUUGAUAUUAAGUGACCACUCUCCAAGCAGAAUCUGUUGUCUGUGGAGUCCCAUCAUACCAUCUUCUCCACUCACUUUGAGUGUGUUUUAUAGCAGCAAUUCGCCUAUGCGAUCCUCAGGAUCCUUGGUGAUCCAGUAAAAUCCUCUCCAAUUAGCCUGUCCACAACUGUUUCAUCUUCUUGGCACACAGCAUUUAUCCACCAUCUUCACUUUUUAUGAAAGCAGCCGGUGAAGAGACAAAUAAACUGACAUAUAGCCAGUUAUAUAUGCUGCCGGUUAUAUAUCUUUGUAUGCAAACAGCUUUAUUCCCUGCCAAAAUUGGGUUACCUUGGUUGCAUGACUUUAGCUAUCGGAGCUCAUUACAAUUGUCUGUAGGGCUGAAAUUUAAGAUUAUUUUCAUAAGCCAUUAAUCUGUCAGUUAUUUUCUUUAUUAAUCGAUUAUUGUUUGGGCCAUAUAAUUUCAGAUGAUGUUGAAAAAGGGUGAUUGUUUCCCAAACCUCGAAGAUGAUGUUCUCAAACGUCUUGUAUUGUCUACAAACCAAAGAAAGAUACCAGGUGAUAUUCACAAAAAUCAGGAAAUAGAUUAAUUGAUUAUACCAAUAGUUGACAUUACAUUUAGCAAUCCAUUAAUUGAUUAAAUGUUGAGGUGUAAUUGUCUGCAGAAAUGUUCUCGCCAAGUUAGGGAACCAUGCUAUUGGUAUUGAACUCUGGACGCCACAUGACACUGUUCACACCGCCAUGGUGGCAGGAGAAGUUUCUGAGCAUUGCCAGUUUCAUGUUGCCAGAGAUGACAGUGCAUUUUAAAUCAAUGGUGCUCAAGCAAAAUAUCUCAUAAGAUAUCUGACUCUCCGAAUAUAUCUGGUCCCCGGGUGCUUUUCAGUAGUAUGGAAACAGACAUAGUAGAAAUUAUUCUACACCUGCAGAAAGUUGAAGAUGUCAGGUUAAUCUUCAACUUUCUUAAACUUUACCUCAUCCCACUCUGGAGAAUGCUUACAAAUGGGGAAAAAAAGCUUAUAAAAUAAACAAGAUUGAAGUUGAUUGGUGUUGGAUACUGUACCUGAUCUGGUAAAAUGCUCUCCUGUUUGCUUGUUCUUGGCUGUUUUGGCAUCUCAGGGCACAACAGUUGUAAAUACUGCGGGCGUUGCCUGAUAUAUUGUCUGGUACAUAUGUUGCCUGUUAUAUAUGUCCUUGGAACAGCAUAGCUUUCUGACAAAAUGGUGUCAUUUGGAUUCUGUGAGUUACAUUACUGGGUUGUGUGACAUCACCUAGCAGAGCUCUAUAGUUUGUUCAAAAUUCACAAAAAUGUCAAUCCUUACAGCCUAAAGGGAAAGUCCAUGAAGUGUAGGUGGCAAUCACUUGGGGUAUUUUGAUGAUAGAACAUUUCAAAAACCUUUCCUAAUAACCAUAACUCUCACAUGUGAGAUGUGUGUGUGCCCUGAUGAAGACUGUUGAGUCAAAAUGUGUGGGUUGCUACUACUACUUAACAAACUCUCCCGUAAGAUGGAAAGGACAUACGUUAUUGUAUGUUUUGAAUAGUUUUACCAGGUUGACAGUCAGUCACAUAUAUUGCCAUUCUUACUAAAAGGGAUAGGCAGCCCAAGACAAUGAAAUAUUUGGUCCUAUUCAUUUAAUAUUUUGUGUGGAAACUGUGGAUUCACUAUUUUAUAUAUUUAAAUAAGACACCUGUUUGUGCCCCCACAAACAGAUCAUGUCCAGUCCUUUCUGCUCACCUCACCUUUUUAAAAAAAGAUCUUCAGGCUCAUUCUACUGUGGUUGCCUUUUGAUUGCCUUUCAACAAUUUCAAGUGUAACACGAUAUUGACUGAUUUGAACAUAGACAGCCCACAGUCUUUUUUUUUUUUUUUCUUCUGUCAUUUCAAUGUUUGACACGUUUUUUUUCUGUCCGUUUCUGCACAAUUUAUAUCACCUGAUGAUGUUGAGAAUAGCUGUUAGGACUUAUGGCCAUGCAGUAAAGGAUUUAAAAUUUCAGUCACUAUCUGUGACACAUUUCAGUGGUUAGAUUUUAUUAUAAUCACAUGUUCGUCUUUGCAGUGACCUCGUUUUCCUUAUCACAAUCAGAUCAGGAACAGACUUGAAUUCUUUGAAUAGAUUUUGAAGUGAAAAGAUUGGUUUUAAUUUGUGCAAAAAUAAUGAUAUUUGCUGUCUUGAAAUUAUUAGUGCUUCAGGGACACAAGUGAGUGGUACUCCCUAAGUGGGCAAUGUCACGGGUUCCCACCCCUCCCCCUCCUGGGGAGAUGUCGAGUGGACCUGUGGCAGAAAGCUGGUGUUACACACAGGUCAAAGUUGUGAAGUUUUCCUACAUGUGGACCAUAAACAACUUCAGUUUUUGCAGAGAAGAAAUGGGGGAGGUACUGAAGAGCUCAACCUUCUCCUCUGGUCCAAAUGACAAAAUGAAAUGGUGUCUGCGAGUCAAUCCAAAGGGACUUGAUGAUGAAAGCAAAGACUAUCUGUCACUGUAUUUACUACUUGUUAGUUGUCCAAAAAGUGAAGUCCGAGCAAAGUUCAAGUUUUCAUUGUUGAACGCUAAGAGAGAGGAGACAAAAGCGAUGGAAAGCCAAAGAGCAUACAGAUUUGUCCAAGGUAAAGACUGGGGCUUCAAAAAAUUUAUAAGGAGAGAUUUCCUCCUUGAUGAAACCAAUGGACUCUUACCCGAUGACAAGCUCACCCUCUUUUGUGAGGUAAGCGUUGUCCAGGACUCCGUCAACAUUUCAGGCCAGUCCAACAUGAAUAUGCUGAAAGUACCCGAGUGUCAGCUAUCUGAUGACCUAGGGAAUCUAUGGGAGUGUUCACGCUUCACAGACUGCAGUCUUUAUGUGGGAGGACAGGAGUUCAAAGCUCACAAAUCCAUCCUUGCAGCAAGGUCACCUGUCUUUAAUGCUAUGUUUGAACAUGAAAUGGAAGAAAGUAAAAAGAACCGCGUUGACAUCAGUGAUGUGGACCCAGACGUCUUUAAGGAAAUGAUGGGCUUCAUCUAUACAGGAAAGGCCCCAAACCUGGAGAAGAUGGCAGACAAUUUGCUAGCUGCUGCAGACAAAUACGCUUUGGAGCGUUUAAAGGUCAUGUGUGAAGAGGCCCUGUGCAACAGCCUUUCAGUGGAGAAUGUGGCCGACACCCUCAUCCUUGCAGACUUGCACAGUGCCGAGCAGCUCAAAGCACAAGCCAUAGAUUUUAUCAACAGGUGCAGUGUCCUGAGACAGCUGGGCUGUAAAGAUGGAAAGAACUGGAAUAGCAAUCAUGCUACAGACAUAAUGGAGACUGCAGGCUGGAAGUCAAUGAUCCAGUCCCAUCCUCACUUGGUAGCUGAGGCCUUUCGUGCCCUGGCGUCAGCACAGUGCCCACCCUUCGGUCUUCCUAGGAAGCGUCUAAAACAGUCCUGACUGCCCGACUGCCCCCGGACUUUAUUGGAGGUGCGAAGCAUGGGUUUACAGAGGAUGGACUAGCAAGGAUACCACUCUUAUUUCCACCAAAAUGGAACACACUUGAAUAAAGAGGAGUGGAGCUUUCUGGCCAGGAGUGUGGUGAGGCUGGCACGCGGACGACUGACAUCAGUGGAUUGGGAAAAAGAUUGGUUCAGUCAGUGUUUGCUUGCUUGCUUUGCUUCCUUAGCUGGAUUCUGUUCAGCUCAGGUCGCAAGUCAAGCUGAAUGCUACUGUCUUAUUUUUCCUGUAAUUUAAAAAAAAAAAAAAAAUGGCCUUAAUAUAUCUGCCAUUGCUCUGGCGCUGCUCUAGAGUACCUUGUCUAUUUUACCCUGUGCCUGCCUUGUCACAAAGACCAGGCCACCUCCAGGUUGCACUAGUUCCCAUGAAUAGUCAUUUUGAUAUGGAGUUCUAUAGGAACGUAACAAAGGUUUAACUAAAUGGGAAAUAUUAUAUAUAUUUGUAAUGUUUAGCCCGUUUUGUGACUAGACAUUAAAAAGCAUGAACACUUUCAGUGCAAGGUCAGUUCUUUACACUUUUUAAAAGAUGUGUAUGCCCCAUAUUGAUGGCACCAUUUCUAUGUAAAUGACAGUUGAACCAUCUUCAGAAGACCAGUGUACAACAAAGUCUGUUCUUUUGCAUAUUUGUGGGGAAAACUAGUAAUCUGCCAUUAUGAAGACUCAGUGUCAAUCCUAAUAAUUCAUGUGAGACGGGACGUGUCGUCUGUACCUUGGCCCUAAUAUAUAAAAACAUUGGAAGUAUAUGGAAGUAUUUACUCAGUCUCCCAUCAAUGGCAUAUUCCAGAUCAUACGUCUGUGAAACUGUUAUAGAUUAAAUUUUAAGAAUUGUUUUCCUUAAUAUUGCCAACUUGCAAAUAUAUAUUCUCAGUAUAUUGUGGUUAACUAAAAGUGGAGAGACUAAUGCAUGGUCAUGUUAUUGUCAAACAAAGUGUCCAAUUUUGUUUUUUUACCAAUUUGUUUUCUGCAAUUAUCCGACAUAUUUGUGCAGAAUUAAAUGAAUUGAGUAUGUGCAAAAAAUUUCCUCUAACACGCUUGGAUAUUUGUAGGAUGCUGAGCAUCACUUCUACCGGCAAUGUUAUUCUGUGUUUGAGUCGGGGAGGGGCGGGAGGGGGAUCGUCAUGUUUAUCCAGUCAGUCUUAUAUGUCGUGUGGUGUGGCAGACACUUCUGAGGAUUUUGUAAAUUAAAAAAGGGUAGCAUCAAUUUUACAUGAUAUUACUCGCCGUUCAGCGUCAUGUUGAGAUGUUGGAACUACUUUUUGUUUUGAAGCAAAAAAGAUGAAGUUGUUGUCAGCAAGAAUGCCUGCAUUAACCCAUUAAAACAUUUCCAGCAGUCCAAAGA